AUGAUCCGCGACCCGUUCGGCAUACACAACAAAAACGUAUUCAAGGCUACAGCUUUCCGAGCGGCGCAGAACAUCAAGGACGCAGCGACCCAGGCGGGCGCAAAUGCACUAGAAAUGUCCUUUUCCAUCCCGAAAAACGUGCCCAACUUUGUGGACUCCGGCCGAGCGCUCGAAGACCGUGCCUGGGCAGCUCUGUCGCGGAGAGGCGGUGGCGGAGUGCUGAAUGGCGGCAUGUUUGAGAAGUCGGACGCGCUGCCCAUGUAUAAAGACAAGCCCUACGCUUAUGCGCCGUCUAUGCGACUGCGGCCGUGGUGGCGGCGCAAGAAGGUGCUGGGAAUCAUCACGGCGGCAGUGAUCUUCUUCUUAUACUUGGCGGGCUUCUUCUCUGGCCGUCCCAAAGCAAGGACUUCAGAAUCGGCAUUAUCAUGGCUAGGAUUGUCACAGGAGAAGGAUAAUGUUGACUGGGACGAGCGGCGGAAGCAUGUGGUUGACGCGUUCGAGGUGAGCUGGGAUGCUUACGAACGCUACGGAUGGGGCAAGGAUGAAUUCCACCCCGUUUCAAAGACGAGCAAGAACAUGGCUCCCAAAGGACUUGGAUGGAUCAUCAUCGAUGCUUUGGACACCAUGAUGCUGAUGAAUCAGACCUCGCGCCUGCGGCAUGCGCGAGAGUGGCUUUCUACGUCGCUGACCUGGGAUCAAGACCAAGAUGUCAACACUUUUGAAACCACCAUUCGAAUGCUGGGCGGACUGCUCUCUGCCCACUAUCUUUCCAACGAGUUUCCUGACCUCGCACCGCUGACCGAGGACGACGAAGGAGCAGAUGGAGAGGAUCUUUAUCUGGAAAAGGCUAGAGAUUUGGCUGAUAGGCUGCUCUCUGCUUUUGAGUCUGAGUCGGGCAUCCCAUAUGCCAGCGUCAAUUUGGGAGAAUACAAGGGUCUCCCAUCUCACUCUGAUGGCGGAGCAUCUUCCACAGCCGAGGCUACCACUCUCCAGCUUGAGUUCAAGUAUUUGGCAAAGCUUACUGGCGAGAAGAAUUUCUGGGAUAAAGUCGAAAAGGUUAUGGAAGUUGUCGAUGACAACCAGCCGGAAGAUGGUCUUGUCCCCAUUUACAUCUAUGCUACAACGGGCGAGUUUCGAGGCGGCAAUAUUCGAUUGGGAAGCAGGGGUGACUCCUAUUACGAGUACCUCAUCAAACAAUAUCUGCAGACAAACAAGAAGGAGCCCGUUUACCAAGAGAUGUGGGACGAGGCCCUUGAAGGUGUACGAAAGCACCUGGUCACUUACACCGAGCCUUCUGGCUUUACCAUUAUUGCUGAGCGUCCUGACGGCUUGGAAUACCCAUUGUCGCCGAAAAUGGACCACUUGGUCUGCUUCAUGCCAGGCACUAUCGCCCUGGCAGUGACUGAUGGUCUUACUGAAGCCGAGGCACGUAAAUUGCCCACCUGGUCCAAGAAGAAGGAGGACGACAUGCAGCUCGCGAGAGAACUCAUGCAAACCUGCUGGGGCAUGUACAAAUACAUGAAGACAGGGCUGGCGGCCGAAAUCACAUACUUCAACACUUACAACCCACCGCCGCCUGUAUCAGCACCCCAUCAAGCUCCCGCCGAGUUUGAUCCUGAUCCGAAUGCUGAGUGGCGAAAGGACUUCAUCGUCCACUCCAACGACGUGCACAACCUACAGCGUCCGGAGACGGUGGAGAGCUUGUUCUAUAUGUGGAGGAUAACGGGCGAUGUCAAGUACCGCGAAUGGGGCUGGGAGAUGUUCAAAUCUUUUGCCAAUUAUACUGCGGUAGAAGACCGGGGAGGCUUUACGAGCCUGCUUGAUGCCGACACUAUUCCGCCAACGGUCAAGGAUAAUAUGGAAAGCUUUUGGUUGGCCGAGACACUGAAGUACAUGUACCUCCUCUUCUCACCAAAUGAUCUACUCCCGCUGGACAAGAUCGUGCUGAAUACAGAGGCCCAUCCCUUCCCCCGGUUUGACAUGGGACCAUUAUUCUCUACUGGGUGGCAACGAAAGCCUCGGACCCCAAAAGCCAGUAAGAAGGCCGAAUGA